AUGGGAAGUGUCACACUACGCUAUUUCUGCUAUGGGUGCCUUUUCACAUCUGUGACCUGGACACUUCUGCUCUUUGUGUAUUUCAACUUCAGUGAAGAGAACCAAUCCUUCAAGAAUGUGCCCGUCAAGGGGCUAGAACCUCAGAGGCCAUUUCCAAAAAAAUUCUACCCUCGUUUUACGCGGGGGCCAAUUCAUAUACCUGAAUUGCAACAGAAAGAGAAUAAGAUAGGAAAUGCCCUUGGAAAUCAUGUCCAGGACCCAGUCAAGGGGGAGGUUGAAUUCUCUCCUGAAAUGGGAAUGAUUUUUAAUGAAGAAGAUCAGGAAGUAAGGGACUUGGGCUACCAGAAGCAUGCUUUCAAUAUGCUUAUCAGUAAUCGACUGGGAUACCACAGGGAGGUGCCUGAUACAAGAGAUGCAAAAUGUAGAGAGAAGUCCUACCCUGCUGAUCUGCCAUCUGCCAGUGUUAUCAUCUGUUUCUACAAUGAAGCGCUUUCUGCCUUGCUUCGCACAGUGCAUAGUGUUCUGGACCGCACUCCUGUGCAUCUCCUUCAUGAAAUUAUUUUGGUGGAUGACAACAGUGAAUUGGCUGACUUGAAGAAAGACUUGGGUGAAUAUGUUAAAACUCAGCUUCCAAAAACCACAAAAUUGGUAAGAAAUGAGAAGCGGGAAGGCUUGAUUCGAGGAAGGAUGGUCGGAGCCUCUCAUGCCACAGGGAAAGUGCUGGUAUUCCUGGACAGUCACUGUGAGGUGAAUGAGAUGUGGUUGCAACCUCUGCUGGCUCCCAUCAGAGAAGAUCACAGGACUGUGGUGUGCCCUGUAAUUGACAUAAUCAGCGCUGACACACUUACCUACAGCUCUUCCCCAGUUGUGCGUGGAGGGUUUAACUGGGGCCUGCACUUUAAGUGGGAUCUUGUUCCUUUGUCAGAAUUGGAAGGACCCGAGGGAGCCACAGCUCCAAUCAAGUCACCUACUAUGGCUGGAGGCCUGUUUGCAAUGGAUCGUGAGUACUUUAAUGAACUUGGGCAGUAUGACAGUGGCAUGGACAUCUGGGGAGGAGAAAAUCUGGAAAUAUCUUUCCGGAUCUGGAUGUGUGGUGGUAGACUUCUGAUCAUCCCCUGCUCCAGGGUUGGACACAUUUUCCGGAAAAGGCGUCCCUAUGGCUCACCAGGGGGACAGGACACCAUGGCUCAUAACUCCCUGCGGCUAGCACACGUGUGGAUGGAUGAAUAUAAGGAGCAGUAUUUUGCUUUGAGGCCUGAGCUAAGGAUGAGGAACUAUGGAAAUAUCACUGACCGUAUAGAACUGAGGAAAAGAUUGAACUGCAAGUCAUUUAAGUGGUAUUUAGAUAACAUCUAUCCUGAGAUGCAAGUAUCUGGACCCAAUGCCAAAGCUCCGCAGCCAGUAUUUAUUAAUAGAGCACAGAAACGACCGAAGAUAAUCCAGCGUGGAAGGCUGUAUCACCUUCAAACCAACAAAUGCCUGGUCGCGCAGGGCCACCCAAGUCAGAAAGGAGGCCUGGUAGUGGUUCGGGAAUGUGACUACAACGAUCAAAACCAGGCAACAGAAGUUCUGGAGCUCGAUAAACAGUCUCCAGGGUAGAAAGAUCUUCACCUAAUGCCAUAAAGCUUUUACCUAGCUAAGAACUAUAUUGGGAACGUUAUGAUUUAGGAGCCUAUGGGACCCAGGUUUAAAAGCUAUAUCAUAUCUAAAGAGGAAAGUAAUCAAAGACACAAAAUAAAUGGAGUAUGGGAUAUAAUGCAGCAUAGUAGCUUUACCAAAGGUAGGUUGUGCUAGACUAAUUAGGUACUUUAUGAAAUGGGCAGUAGUUUUCAGGGUAUGGAAAGGGCAGCAGUAGAAGCAGGAUGCUUUAUGAUAGUCCCAAACAAGAAGUUGUGUGCUUUAUCAACUCAUGGGACUUUCUGCCUCCUAUCUGUGGCCUCACCAGUUGAAUGUGACAGAAGGAGAUGGCAUGAGGGGUGUUAGCCGGUGUCUGGGUAAGUGUGAUUGGCACUAGACACAUGGUCUCCAAUUGUCACUUAAGCAGGAUGAAGCAAUACAUCCCUUCGCUUUGCCUCUGGAAUACUGAGUAAUCAUUGUUAUGACCAAAUUUUAGGUCCUUGUGUUAAAGGUGGAUGAAUUUAAGUUGGAAUGGGAAUGAGUUUUCCUAUGUGAUCUCUUCCAUUAGCUGGAAGAAAGACAGCAAGUCUUGUAAAUGUACAGACUGUGUAAAUGUAAUAGUAACUGAUUGGCACCAGUGACUCUACAUUUGCAGUGCCAAAGGUGCUGUGCUGCUUUCUGAGCCAUUCAGUCUGUGAAGAGUGAGAGAGCAAAAAUAACUGCCUGUGGAUGAUGUCCACAGUAAGAACAGAUGGAUCCUCAUAGUUACUGUUUCCCUCCUCCUUCCUGCCAUAUUUUAAUAGUCAACUGCACGUGGCUGGAGGAGAAAGUCUGUUGUUUUUCCUUAUCAAAACCUUUUUCUGUUUCUCUUUCCUUCUGGAAACAGAAACUUCAGUUAGCCUUUUGGUAUUGGGAAAGACAACUUAGUGCUCGGAUUGUUGCUCUUUGGCUUCUUUACGCAUGACUUUAGUUUAUUAGUGGUAAAUUAAGCAAUUAGUUCUCAUAAAAAAAAACCUGGCUGUACUGUCUUCUUUCACAGCAGUUUUGUUCUCCAACCAAGU